CUCGCCGUGACCUCGGCGGCCGGCUCCCCGGCCCCCGGCUCGCGCAUCAGCCACACCGACAGCAGCUCCGAUCUCUCGGACUGCCCCUCCGAACCCCUGUCGGACGAGCAGCGCCUGCUCCCCGCCGCCAGCAGCGACGCCGAGUCUGGCACUGGCUCCAGCGACCGGGAACCCCUGCGAGGAGCCCCCACGACGAGUCCCGCAGCUCGGGGGGCGCCUCCGGGCAGCCCCGAGCCCCCCGCCCUCCUCGCCGCGCCCCCCGCCGCCGGCGUCUGCCUCGGGGGUCGGGGCAGCCCGGGCGGGGUCCCCGCGGGGUCCCCGGGGCCCGGCGUGGCGGAGGAUGCCGGGGGACGCCUGCCGCUGGAGCGAACGGUCCCCGGGACCCCCAAGGAGGCCGGCGCGGGCGAGCAGCCCCGGCUAGUACCGGCGGUGGAGGAGGAGGAGCUGCUUCGAGAGAUGGAGGAGCUGCGCUCGGAGAACGACUAUCUCAAGGAUGAGUUGGAUGAACUCCGUGCUGAAAUGGAAGAGAUGAGAGACAGUUACUUAGAGGAAGAUGUUUACCAGCUGCAGGAGCUUCGGCGAGAACUGGACCGUGCUAAUAAAAACUGCCGAAUCCUGCAGUACCGCCUCAGGAAAGCCGAGCAGAAAAGUCUGAAAGUGGCUGAGACUGGUCAAGUGGAUGGUGAGCUGAUCCGGAGUCUGGAGCAGGACUUAAAGGUAGCCAAAGACGUAUCUGUCAGAUUGCACCAUGAACUUGAAACUGUGGAGGAAAAGCGUGCUAAAGCUGAGGAUGAAAAUGAAGUUCUCCGACAGCAGAUGAUCGAAGUGGAAAUAUCCAAACAGGCCCUCCAAAAUGAGCUGGAGAGACUGAAAGAGAGUUCCCUGAAAAGAAGAGGCAGUCGGGAAACGUACAAAGAAAAGAAAACCUUGAACCAGGAUGACAGUGCCGAUUUGAAGUGCCAGCUUCAGUUUGCGAAAGAGGAAGGCUCCCUGAUGUGCAAAAAGAUGGCCAAGCUGGGGAGGGAGAAGGACGAGCUGGAACAGGAGUUGCAGAAGUACAAGGCCCUCUAUGGCGACGUGGACAGCCCCCUCCCCACGGGGGAAGCCGGCGGGCCGCCCAGCACCAGGGAGGCUGAGCUGAAGCUGCGGCUGAAGUUGGUGGAGGAAGAAGCCAACAUCUUGGGCCGGAAGAUUGUGGAGCUGGAGGUGGAGAACCGAGGCCUCAAAGCCGAGAUGGAGGACCUGCGGGGCCAGUGUGAGCGAGAGGGGCCCGGCCGGGACCACAUCCCCAGCAUUCCUACCUCACCCUUCGGCGACUCCCUGGAGUCCUCCGCCGAGCUCCGCCGACACCUGCAGUUCGUGGAGGAGGAAGCGGAGCUGCUCCGGAGGUCCAUAUCCGAGAUCGAGGACCACAACCGGCAGUUGACCCACGAGCUGAGCAAGCUCAAGUUUGAGCCGCGGCCGGAGCCCGGCUGGCUGGUGGAGAAGGGCGCGGGGGGCGGGGCCCCCCUGCAGGAGGAGCUGAAGUCCGCCCGGCUGCAGAUCAACGAGCUGAGCGGAAAGGUGCUGAAGCUGCAGUAUGAGAACCGGGUGCUGCUGUCCAACGUCCAGCGCUACGACCUGGCCGCCCACCUGGGCCUGCGCGCCCCGAGCCCCCGGGACAGCGACGCCGACAGCGACGCGGGCAAGAAGGAGAGCGACGGGGAGGAGGGCCGCCCGCCCCAGCCCAGGCGGGAAGGCCCCAUCGGCGGCGAGAGCGACUCGGAGGAGAUGUUCGAGAAGUCGUCGGGCUUCUGCAGCGGGAAGCCGUCGGAGGCGAGCGAGCCGUGCGCCGCGGCGCUGCUGCGGGCCCGGGAGGACUCGGAGUGCCUGGUGAGCAUGCGGCGCGAGGCCGAGCGGCUGGAGCGCACCGUGGAGCGCCUCAUCAGCGACACCGAGGGCUUCGCGGCCGGCGCGGGGCUGCAGGGCGGCCAGGGGCACGGGGACACGGGGCAGGGGGGCCAGAACGAGCCCCAGCUGCUGGGCACCAUCAACACGAGGAUGAAAGCUUUCAGGAAGGAGCUCCAGGCCUUCCUGGAGCAGCUGCACCGCCUCGGGGACGGCCUGAGGGAGCGCCUGGAAGGCCUGUCCCCCUUGCCCCACCUCACGGAGUCUUCCAGCUUCCUCUCCACCGUGACCUCCGUGUCCCGGGACUCCCCCGUCGGGAACCUGGGGAAGGAGCUGGUCCCGGACUUGCAGUCCAAACUGAGAGAUCAGAUGGAGUGGCAGCUGGGGCAGGAGCGAGGGGACGAGCCGGAGCACCUGCGCCUCCGAGCCGCAUGGGAGCUGCACCGCCGAGCCGAUGGGGACGUGGGGAGCUGCCGGCCGGGAGGCCAGAGCUGCGUCAAUCUAGAGAUGGAGGAGGAGCACCUCUAUGCUUUGAGGUGGAAAGAACUGGAAAUGCACAGCCUAGCUUUGCAAAACACCCUCCAUGAGCGGACCUGGAGUGAUGAGAGGAAUCUGAUGCAGCAGGAGCUCCGGUCCUUGAAGCAGAACAUUUUCCUUUUCUACAUCAGACUCAGGUGGCUGCUGAAACACUGGCGGCAAGGAAAACAGGCGGAGGAAGAAGGGGAGGACUUCACCAAGAGCGAGCAUCCAGAGACCCUCCCCAGGCUUGGUGAGCUUGGAGUCCUGGAGGAUCCAACAGGAGGCGGCCCAGACCAAGAUGACGACGGGCCAGGCUGCAGCUUUGCUAUGGGGGAGCAUUCUUCACACUCCCCUGUGCAGAUCGGUGAUCACGGAUCACGGCUGCAGCCUGCAAAUGGAGGACAGUUCCACAGGCAGGUGGUGGAAAACCAGCAGCUCUUUGGCGCGCUCAAGACCUUGCUGGAGGACUUGCGCUUGGAGCUGCAGGAGGACGAGCAUGCCCGGCUGCGGCUGCAGCAGCAAUACGCCAGCGACAAGGCUGCCUGGGACGUGGAGUGGGCCAUGCUCAAGUGCCGCCUAGAGCAGCUGGAAGAGAAGACUGAGAAAAACCUGGGAGAACCAGGCAUCUCCGCUGACAGCAAAGGGGCAUUCAAGAAGGAGAGGGAGACACACCAGAAGCUGCUUGCUGACAGCCACAGCCUGGUCAUGGACCUGCGCUGGCAGAUCCACCACAGCGAGAAGAACUGGAAUCGGGAGAAGGUAGAACUUCUCGACUGCCUGGACAGAGAGCGGCAGGAGUGGGAGCGGCAGAAGAAGGAGCUCUUGUGGAGACUAGAGCAGUUGCAGAAAGAAAACAGUCCCCGGAGAGGUGGCAUUUUCCUCUGUGAUCAGAAAGAAGGCAACAUCCGCCCCUGUGCCCACCCCGGGAGCCCCCACGUGCCCCGUACCCUGGGGAUGUGGCCCUGUGCGGACACCGACUCCACCCCAUUCGAAGACCGGCCACUAUCCAAGCUGAAGGAGUCGGACAGGUGCUCGGCCCGGGAGAACCUCUACUUAGACGCCCUGUCCCUGGACGACGAGCCCGAGGAGCCUCCAGCCCAUGGGCCCCAGAGGGAGUUCAGGAACUGCCUGCCCGAGGAAGAAGAAAAUCCCAAGGGAAAUCUUCAAAGGGCGGUGUCCGUGUCCUCCAUGUCUGAGUUCCAGCGCCUGAUGGACGUCUCUCCCUUCCUGCCCGAGAAAGGCCUGCCCGCCGGGAGCAGCAGGGAGGAUGUCACUCCGCCCCUGUCUCCUGACGACCUGAAGUACAUCGAGGAGUUCAACAGCAAGAGCUGGGACGAGAGGCCCCCAGACCCCUGGGCAGACAGGACCGAGGGGGGGCAGGUGGGGCACGAGGCCGGCACCGAGCCUUUCCCUGACUCCUCCUGGUACCUCACCACGAGCGUCACCAUGACCACGGACACCAUGACCAGCCCAGAGCACUGCCUGAAGCAGCCCCUGCGGAGCCACGUCCGGGCCGAGCCGCCCGGGGUGCGGGUGCUGCACAGCCCGCCUGCCGUCCGCAGGAUGGAUAGCAUCGUCGUGGCGGGCGGUGAGGGCAGGGUCCGGCCGGAGCCCGAGUGCCCAUUUUCCACAAGCAGAGCCAGAGGGGGCAUGGGAGACACAAAGGGGGGCUCCUCAGAACACAUGCUUGGCAGGUGGCCUGGGGCCCCCUCCAGACACCCCCGAGACUACGUGGAGGGAGGGCUCCGCCCCCUCGAUGGCACCCUCUGCACCCCCUUGGGUUUUGCCUCCCCACUGCACAGCCUGGAGAUGUCCAAGAACAUGAGUGAUGACAUGAAGGAGGUGGCCUUCUCUGUCAGGAAUGCCAUGUGCUCUGGUCCCACCGAGCCUCCAGUCAAGGAUAUGGCCUGUCAGACCAAUGGGUCCCGGACGACGGGGACACAGACCGUCCAGACCAUCAGCGUGAGCCUGCAGACCGAAGCCCUGCGUGGCAGCGCCAUCACCAGCAGCCCCCACAAGUGUCUCACACCAAAGGCAGGGGGUGGUGCCACGCCCGCAUCAUCUCCUUCCCGCGGCCUUAGGAGCAGGCAGGUGGCGCCUGCCAUCGAGAAGGUACAGGCCAAGUUUGAACGCACGUGCUGCUCCCCCAAGUACGGGUCUCCCAAGCUGCAGAGGAAGCCCUUCCCCAAAGCUGACCAGCCAAAUAAUAGGACCUCCCCAGGGCUGGCCCAGAAGGGGUGCAGCGAGUCGGCCUGGGCCCGCUCCACCACCACAAGGGAAAGCCCCGUGCACACCGCCAUCAACGACGGCCUCUCCAGCCUCUUCAACAUCAUCGACCACAGCCCCGUGGUGCAGGACCCCUUCCAGAAGGGGAUGCGGGCUGGGAGUCGGUCUUGCUCUGCAGAACCCCGGCCAGAGCUGGGCCUAGGCCAGGAAACCAGCCCCAGUUCCCGGGGACAGUCACCCAGCCCCAUCGGGGUUGGCUCGGAGACAUGUAGGGAGGAAGGGGGAGAGGGCACACCUGUGAGGCAGGACUUAUCUGCUCCCCCUGGCUACACACUCACUGAGAAUGUAGCUCGGAUCCUCAACAAGAAGCUGUUGGAGCAUGCCUUAAAGGAGGAGAGGAGGCAGUCCCCCCACGGCCCCUCAAGUCUCAACAGUGACAGCCAUGUGGGAGAAGCAGUCAAAGCCGAACCAGGGUCCAUUGAGGAACUACCUUGUUCCGCACUAGCUCCAUCCCUAGAACCCUGCUUCUCCAGGCCCGAGAGACCAGCAAACCGGCGCCCUCCAUCCCGCUGGGCCCCACAUUCCCCCAUGGCCUGCCCGGCUCAGUCACCGGGAGACCUGACCUCCGUGGAGGAGCUCGGUGACGAGGAGGCACCCGGGGAGAAGCUCCACCUGUGACGUGAUGCAAGUUUGCAUGGAUUAUCGUGGAAUAAUUCACUGUAAUUUGCAUAACCACACCAUUGUCAUCAACCAAACUCCACCCAAAAGGAGAGAUCUAGUUUUCCCAAGGUCAAAGAAUGUUUUUUUUUAAAAAAAAACAGCUGCUGAAUGUUCAACCUGUGACCCUGAGAUGUUUCUAGAAUGAAACAGUAAAUGUGCCUGUAAUAACUUAAUUUUUUUCAUAGCUCAGAAAACUAUUUUUGUCUCCAUCUUUUUUACACAGUAUAUUAAACAAAAAAAGGUAAAUAAGAGAUGAAUAAAUUUAAAAAAUAAAAGUUUUAAAGGUGUACGUUUUAAGAGAUUAUGAACACUCGCACUCUCAAUACUGACUGCCUCUGUCAAAUUUGCACUGUUACAUAUGGGUUUGGUUUAUUUCCACGUUGAGUUUGACUGUUUUAAGUUAAUUUUAUUUUGUCAGUGUACUUAUUUUUUUAAGAAUUUUUGAAGUGCUUCAGACUGUCUGAUUCAGUGAACUUUUUGUAGUGAAAAAGCCAUGAAGCCAGUAGACAAGACAGAUAUCCUAUAUCCUGGAGGGGACUCGUGUCAGCAUUUUUGAAAAGGUACCAAGUCCUCAGCUGGGCUGACCAAAUGCGCUGUAUAAUCCACAUGCUCUACUUGACCCGCACGUCUUCAGGUUCGAAGCACUUGGUGCAUGUACAUCCUGCUGCUGUGGUCUCACCAUCGCCUACGUGUGAGUCGUCUGUCACACUGUAAUACGUUGUGAAUUCCCUCGUACUGUACUUUUAUUGUCCUCUUGCAUUGAUGAUACAACAGCAACUGCAUUUUUAAAUUAUUGUUAAAAGAUUAACUGGCAAUAUACAGUGUUUACUCAAAAUUUUCUUGUUUAAGGAAAAACACUACAAAAAGUCAUGAAGAUACCAAAUGGAAACAAGGGAUGGUGCCUCGGAGUCUGUAUGAGACGAUGAUGAAGUAGAAAUAAAGCCUUUACAAGAUG